GACGCGGAAAAACGAACCAGAAGAGAUGGCUGCUAGUUAGCUGUUUAGCCUUUUAGGCUUCUAUUUACAAUGAGAUCAUGUGGAGUUUAAUGCUGUAUAAUUUCUGUUGAUGUCGAGCAUGCAGUGGGGAUGUGGCUAAAUAAUGGGAAACGUUUUUGGGAGAAAGAGCCAACCCUCUCGUGUAACGGACCAGGACAAAGCCAUCUUGCAACUGAAGCAGCAGAGAGAUAAGCUCAAGCAGUAUCAAAAAAGAAUCACUCUGCAGCUGGAGAAAGAGCGACUUCUGGCCAAGCAACUAGUGAAAGAUGGCAAAAAGAAAAAAGCACUGUUGCUUCUUAAAAAGAAGCGAUAUCAGGAUCAACUCCUAGAUAAGACGGAUAACCAGAUUUCCAAUUUGGAGCAAAUGGUCCAAGACAUUGAGUUCAUGCAGAUUGAAAUGAAAGUAAUUGAAGGACUCAAGGUUGGCAAUGAAUGUCUCAAGCGCAUGCAUGAGAUUAUGUCAAUAGAAGAUGUGGAGAGAAUUUUGGAUGAAACACAAGAGGCAAUUGAAUAUCAAAGGCAAAUUGAUGAAAUGCUCGCUGGAUCUCUGACGGACGAAGAUGAGGAAAACAUUUUGGCUGAGCUGGAAGCAAUUACUCAGGGAGAAGACAUAACACUUCCAGAGGUCCCAGAUGAAGGCCUACCUGACAUCCCCGAGGCAGCUCAUGUUGAACCAGAAAGAAGAAAAGAAAAUCCAGAGAAAGAAAUGUUAGCUGCUUGAGCAUCAAGUUUGUAUUGAUACUUUUUGCAUCUGUUACAUGUAAAAGUAUUUGUAAAUGUAUUUCUAAGGAUAGUGGAAAUAUUGGGACCGCAUGUGUAAUUUAUUGUAUUUGUUAACUUGUAACACUGUACAUGAGACCAGUGCUCAGACUCUACUUGAAAUUAUUGGUAUAGUUGAUUUAAUGUUCAAACAAAGCAUUUUUCUGUUCCAGACUUGUCUCACUUUUAUUAACAAGUCAUAAUGUAUGAAUUUUUAGAUGUUUUACACGUGAAAUGCAUUUUACAUAAUAAAAAUGCGUGACUUCUU